GGAUGUUAGUCCAGCAAGGAUAGAGUAUUGUUUCUACAAAAUCCUAAGGGCUGUGACGGCCCCCUACAAUGGCGAUGAUUCUGCAGCCCAGCACCAACAGCCUUGAGGUCCCAGGUGAGGAGAAAUCCAUAUCUACAUCUCCAUCAAGCUCUCCAUCACCAUCCAGAAAUGACUGCAGUAUUGCUCCUGUUACUCCCUCUUCAUCUCCGAGAACAGAAGUAAGGCCACGUAUAGCAUGUCCGUUCUCUGUUGUGGUGGCCAUUGAUUUUGGGACCACAUCCAGUGGCUAUGCCUUCAGUUUUACAGAGGACCCAGAAGUCAUCCAUAUGAUGAGACGAUGGGAGGGCGGAGAUCCCGGCGUAGCCAAUCAGAAGAGCCCGACUUGCCUGCUGCUGACCCCUGAAAUGCGCUUCCACAGUUUUGGCUUUGCAGCGCGAGAUAGCUACCAUGACCUGGAUCCAGAAGAAGCUAGACGCUGGCUCUACUUUGAUAAGUUCAAGAUGAAGAUCCACAGCAACAGUGACCUCACCGUUGUUACAGAACUGGAGUCAGUAAGCGGGCAAAGAGUUAGGGCCAUUGAGGUGUUUGCUCAUGCUUUGAGGUUCUUUCGCCAACAUGCUUUAAAGGAGGUGAGGGACCAGUGUUCAUCUGUGCUGGAAGGUGAUGAGGUGCGAUGGGUCAUUACUGUUCCAGCUGUGUGGAGACAACCAGCCAAGCAGUUCAUGAGAGAGGCUGCUUACCUGGCGGGUUUAGUUUCUACAGACUCUCCUGAACAGCUCCUCAUUGCUCUUGAACCUGAAGCUGCCUCCAUCUACUGCAGAAAGCUCCACCUUCACCAGGUAAUUGACCUUAGCCAGCGACCAGUGACCAAUGGCUUGGACUUGGAUGGGUCACGUCUCUUCGAUUCCAGCUUCAGGCAAGCACGCACACAGCUUCGCAAAGCCAGACAUAGCCGGACAUUUCUGGUGGAGAGUGGAACUGGGGAACUCUGGUCUGAAAUGCAGACAGGUGAUAAAUAUAUAGUAGCAGACUGUGGCGGAGGGACAGUGGAUCUGACUGUACAUCAGAUUGAACAGCCUCAAGGAACUCUGAAGGAACUCUACAAAGCAUCAGGAGGCCCGUAUGGUGCAGUAGGUGUUGACCUGGCGUUUGAAGCCAUGCUGUGUCAGAUAUUUGGGUCUGAUUUUAUUGAGACGUUUAAAGCCAAGCGUCCAGCUGCCUGGGUUGACCUGACCAUCGCUUUUGAAGCUCGCAAGCGCACAGCAGCGCCUGGUAGAACAAGUGCACUCAACAUCUCCCUGCCAUUUUCCUUCAUCGAUUUCUACAAGAUACACUGUGGCCAGAGCGUGGAGACUGCACUACGCAAGAGCAAUAUGAAUAUAGUGAAGUGGUCUUCUCAAGGGAUGCUGAGGCUCACGGCUGAGGCUACACUUGAUCUUUUCCAGCCGACUAUCAGAAACAUCAUCAAACACAUUGAGGAUCUGAUGGACAAAGAGGAGAUAAAGAAUGUGCGUUUCCUGUUUUUGGUGGGAGGUUUUGCAGAGUCCCCCAUGCUUCAGUGUGCAGUCCAGAAUACACUAGGUCAUCGCUGCCGCAUCAUCAUCCCUCAGGAUGUUGGGCUGACAAUCUUGAAAGGUGCGGUGUUGUUCGGCUUAGACCCCACAGUGGUCAGAGUUCGACGCUGCCCUUUAAUAUACGGAGUCGGUGUUUUAAAUCGCUUCAUCGAGGGCCGUCACCCACGUGAUAAACUGCUUAUUAAAGAUGGUCGCAAGUGGUGCACUGACAUCCUGGAUCGCUUCGUCUCUGUCGACCAAUCAGUUGCUUUGGGAGAAGUGGUAAGACGGAGCUACACCCCAGCAAGGAUAGGCCAAAGAAAGAUCAUAAUUAAUAUCUACUGCAGCAGCAAUGAUGAUGCUGUGUACAUCACAGAUCCUGGGGUUAGGAAGUGUGGAACUAUAACACUGGAUCUGCCAGAGUCGGGUGCAGGAGCUGUCAGUGGGGUGAACGAAGCAGCGCUAGAGCGCAGGGAGAUACAAGCCACUAUGCAGUUUGGGGACACUGAGAUUAAAGUGACAGCUGUUGAUAUGGCAACGGGGAAACAAAUCAGAGCUUCCAUUGACUUUCUGUCCAACUAAUACUAUGAGAAAAGAAACAAGAAUUAAGAAAGAAGAAUGAAGAGAACAUCCGUCAGGGUUCCUGAAGAAUUUGGCACAUUUUCUGUACAUUAUAACAAUUUUUAUAUUAUACAAAACCACUUAAAAGUUUAUUUUUGUAGACAUGUGCUUGUUUUUGAGGAAUUUAUACUGUAUAACAUAUUCGUCUAUCAUGACUUAUAUGUUUAGAGCUGCAACCUAGUGUAUGUAAAAAAAACAAAAAAAACACCUGGAUACUGAAAAUCAAAGCAAAUAAGCUGGAACAUUCCUUACACCGUUAAAUAAUAUAAGCAUCAGCUGAUAAAAUGAUGUUAUGCAUUAAUUUUGAUUAUUAACCUAAUGCCUACUAUAAAUACACAAUUAAAUAUUACCUAUUAUACA